AUGUAACCCAAUUCACGUUGAUUCAGUGGGGUUUUAUAUAUCAAUGUUUCCCUCUGGUGGCAAGAACUGAAAGAGCCAUCAUCAGUCUGCACUCCGCACUCACUUCUGAUCUUUUGAUAGAGUUAGAAUAACUGAGUUAGAAUAAUAUAGUGAGAAUAAUAGAAUUAGAAUAACUAUAUUCAUGUAGCUAGUAUGGAUACUAAUACUGACAAAUCAAAGCGUUUUUUUUUCAUAACAGUGUUGUCAAACAAACGACGAUAUUUGGCUUGACAAUGACAGCGGUGUAAGAUAUAUGGUGAUUUUUGUAAUUUUGCAAUCAUUUAUUUAUUAGUCUCCAUAGGCAGAAAGGUUGCUUAUCUCCAAUUAUCUAUAUAAAUAAACCCACAUAACUGUCUAACUUGUGCAUGUUUCGGCCAGCAGAAGAAUCCGCUUGCUCUAGUCUAGUAGUAGUACUAGCUUGCAGUAGUAGUUGUCGCGCUAGGCUAGCCUGCAAACUGACAAAUUCAGUUGAGACCGGGGCCGAGCGUCAGAUAUAGAAUCCAAGAGAAAGAGAGGAGGCUGGAGACGGAGACCGAUUGAGAACUGUACUUGUCAAGUUCUGGACUGACGGUGGGACGGGAACUUCUAAGCUGUAUUGAGGCUACAAAGAAAGCAUGGAACAGGGGGAGCUGAAAAAUUAUCUUGGAUUAUCACCAGACACAGACAAUGUGGCGCAUGUAGAGUGUAGUGCUUUGGCGCCCUCAAUUGGCGACCAAAGGUACAGCACAGGGUAUGCUGAUUGGGAGUUCACGUCGUCAUGCCAGGAUAUCAACAGGAAGCAUCAUCAGAGGUUCCGAACCAUUGAGCGGCAACUCCAGUACCUGCUGGAUAAGGCGGAUGAGUAUCAGGCACACCUUUUAUACAGGCAUGACAACCUGCAGAAGGAACACUUUGCUCACGUGGUGCCUACUUUCCUGCGGACCUGUCAGCCCUACUUCACUUACCUGGCGUCGACCGCUCGCAGCUCCCUGCCCCGGAGCACACCUCUACCCAUGUACAUCCGCUCACGAUUUUUAGACUUCUCCCAGCAGCUCUGUGAGAGGCUGGAGCAGCUGGUCUUGACCUAUGCCUCCUUUGACUUUCUCUCACUGGAAGAGACUGAUCCAACAAGUGUCUCCCAUUUCUACAUUGGCAAGUGUCAGAUAGACAGUGUGGGGCUGUCCAUAUACAGGUACUGUCGUCUAGCCCCUUACCUGGCUGGGGUCCACACUGGCCUGUACAAACGCAUGCGCUGGAAUGUGGAGAGACCCAGAGAGAGCCUGCAGCAGGAAACGGAUGGCGAGAUGGAGGGACAUCCAGAGGAGGACAAGCCAGUGGCAGGGAAAGCGAGAGCCACCAACACUGAGUACUACUUCCUGUGCUACGAGGACGUCCCUGAGGGGGGCGAUGGAGAGGGAAAAGGGGAGACUGUUGCUAUGGGCAAUAUGGUCAAGAUGUGGACAAUCGGUCAGUGGAUCCAAACGUAUCCUGACCCCGUGAGGGACGACUUCUACGACUGGGUGCUAUGCUGGGUUCCGCAGGCUAGGUACCACAGGCUGUUGUGUCUGGGAGGAGAGGAGCCCUCUGCUUGCAAUGCUACUGACUGCCUGCUGGGGUUGUUGUUUUCUCAACAGACCCCAGUGGAAGACCCCAGUCGUGAAAUAGAGACGAGCCACUGUUCUAGUACUGCCUUUGGCCAUAACAUGUUCUCAAUGAUUUAAAGGAUUUAACAUGACUUAUUGCUAGCUUUACAUUGUGUUAUGUUUGGCUAAUAUUUUCAGAUCUAAGUAACUAUUGGGAAGGACUUUAAGGACUGGACACUGACAAAGCUUUGGUUCCUACUAGACAGUCAUCCAUGACAAAUAUUUUCCUUAUAGUUCCUUACAUAUUGUGUAAAAACAAAUAUAAUUUAUAAAGACAGCGGGUUUUAUUACCAGUUCCCUACCAGCUAGUGAUAGAUUUGAACUGUAUCUGAUGUUGUCUAUUCAUAUUCAAGGUUUUAUUGAGCGUGUGUUACUGUAUUCUGUGGUUGUUGGAAAUCAUUUUGUAUUAUCAGAAUAAAACUAUUGACCUGC